AAUCUCACAACCUAAACAACCGUAGACCAGGCAAUAUAAAAUAUUUACAAAAUUUAAAAGAAGUUAGCAGUAAAAUGGAGAAUAAUUUGAUCUCGCAGGAGGUUGAGGAAUUGCAGCAGGAUUCCUCGAUGCAGCAGGAUAGGAUGGAGUCCCCAGGUUUGGCGGUUUCCAGCAACGUGGAGCUCAAUACGGAGUUCUCUACCGAUUCGGUUAUCAACGAGAUCAUCAGCAGAUCCUUUGGAUCCGAUGGAGCAACUACCAAAGGGAAAAAGGCACCUUGUCGCAUAUCCUUGCGGCUUUUGGCCCGAAUUAUAAUGACACUUAAUGGGGCACUCAAGAAGGCGUCUUCAUCGGCCGAUCGACUUGUGGAGGAUAAUUCUAUAAAGGAUAUCGAGUACUGGCGCAAUCUCGCCGAGUCGCGGGGAAAGGCGAACCAACGCUGCCAGCAGAUAAUCGACUUCCAGCAGAAGCGCAUCAAUAGCUUCAAUAGUGACUUCAGCACCCUGGUCAACUUGGCCCGAGAGAACCAGCAGUGGCUGGCCAAGAUUAUCGCCGAGAAGCGGGCCAUCCGGGAACUUGGCCAUGGCGAGCAUGCCGACUAGAUUUUCCAUCAUUUUCAAUUUGAAAUUUCAUAACAAUCUUGCAUAAAUCAGGAUUUGAUACGCGUUAAA